AUGCGUCUGCUCGUGCUACUCGCUGGUGUUGCCAUCUUCUUGGCCGGCACCUCGGAUGCCUUUUGGAUGUUCAAAGAGUCCAAACAGGCGAAGGCCAAAGAGGCGAAGGCCAAAGGCAACGAGGACGAAGAUAGUGCCGAAAAAUCCGACCCCUGGAUAUGGCCUUGGGCCAAACCCAAGAAGAAAAAGGAAAAGAAACCCACCAACACGAACACCGGACGUACCGGACACAUCGUGUUACCGGUUCACUACGCGCCCGGGCCGCUUCCGGGUCCGCUCGGCGGCGCUAGCGUCCCCGUCGUGCCGGCUGGGCCUCCCCUGGUGCCGAAACGCCCUCCCGUACCCGUACGCCCUGCCGUACGCCCUCCCGCGCCCGUACCUGGGCCCCCGCGGUCUGACACGGCGUUCGACUUCGCUCCCAACGCCACCAAAGGCAAGGGCAAGGGGAAGGGGAAGAGCAAGAAGGAGAAGCCGUACCGCUAUCUCUACUGCCCGGAGAAGUGUACCGUGAUGGACGGGGACGACGACGACGAGUGACCGGCAUCAUCUGCGAGUAACGUUCGCUACACGAAAUCCUAUCUUAAAACAAACUUUACAGCAUGCGUAAAGGUACAAGCGAAGGAAGAAACGACACCUUUACGCAUGCUUUACGGCGUGCUUCUAGAAUGGAUUUUUGCAGUGAGUAACGUGUCUACUACUCGAAGAAGGAAUGGCGUCCAAUUCACAGAACAUGAUUUUUUCUCUUAGUAAGCUUUUUGCGUAACCAGGAUUCGUAGGUUCGUAACAUUUGCUAACUACACACUGCUAUAAAAGUGUAUAAUCCAAAUAGAAUGCAGCACGAAAUCUUGUCUUUAAAGUAUGAGUAAAGGUACACGCGAGGGAAGAAAUUACACCUUUUCGCAUGCUUUAAGACCUCGUUAAACAAAUCAUUUUGCAGAGAAAGCGCACACGCUUAAAGAAAAG